AUGUCCAACGAAAACCCACCUCCCACUUCGGCUUCGGCGGAAUCGGCGGCGGCCGGCGCCCUGAACAAGCGGUACGAGGGCCUGGUGGCCCUCCGCACCAAGGCGGUGAAGGGGAAAGGCGCCUGGUACUGGGCCCACUUCGAGCCCAUUCUCGUCAGGAACCCGGACACCGAUUUCCCGACGGCCGUGAAGCUGAGGUGCACCCUUUGCAACGCCGCAUUCUCGGCGUCAAACCCUUCGAGGACCGCCUCCGAGCAUCUCAAGAGAGGGACAUGCCCCAAUUUCAGCUUCACGAUGAAGCCAAUUUCUCAGCUGCCGCCAUUGGCCUCGCCCUCUUCACACCCUAAUCACCGGAAACGGAGCUUGGAGUUCCAGCAAGCUAAAGGUUCUUGCUUAGACGUAAAUCCAAUCAACGUUGUCUUCUCAUCAAGAUCGGGUAAUGAGAUGGCGUUUUUACCAGCCCAAAGUGGACAUUCCCAGGUUUCGAGCCCGAAACAGCUGGUUUUGUCCGGCGGCCGGGAUGAUUUAAGGCCUCUGGCACAAUUUGAAGAUAGCAUCAAGAAGCUGAAAAGCCCAAAAGCUUUGCCUGUGCCCACUCUUAGCAAAACUCAAGUUGAUACAGCUUUUGACCUUUUGGCCGAUUGGUUUUUCAAGUCGUGUGGCUCGCUCAAAUUUUCGAGUUUUGAGGACCCAAAGUUCAAGGCUUUUCUUGACAAGGUGGGCUUGCCUGAGGUCUCAAAAAGAGAAUUCUUUUGCUCUAGGCUCGAAUCCAAGUAUGCUGCCACCAGAAGAGAGUCAGAAGCCAGAAUUAACGAGGCAACUUUUUUUCAAAUUGCGUCUGAUGGGUGGAAAAGUAACAAUCUUGCAAAUGGCGACAAUUUUUUCGUCAAUUUCAUUGUGAACCUACCAAACGGGACACGUGUGUUCCACAAGGCUGUAUAUUUAAAUAACAGCACGCUGCCUUCACAGUAUGUGGAGGAGGUUAUAAGGGAGGCUAUUCAGAGUAUAUGCAGUAAUAAUGUAGAGAGAUGUGUAGGGAUCGUUGCGGACAAGCAUAGACGAAAGGCAUUGAUAAAUUUAGAGCUCGAGAAUAAAUGGAUGGUCAAUGUAUCUUGCCAGAUUCAGGGAUUUCUUAGCCUAAUCAAGGACCUCAUUAGAGAAUUCUCGCCUUUUAGUUCCGCAAAAGAAAACUGUCAAAAAAUCGCGAAUUUGAUCAACCACCACCCGCAGGUCCGGAAUUGCAUCCGCAGGUUUAGGUCUCAAGGGCUCGAGUGUACGGAUUUCAUUCGAACAUUUUCCUCUAAACGUGACAUUUCAAAAAACUUCGGCCUGUUUAUGGCAAUGCUAGAUGAUGUAGUGACUUGCUCCCAAAUACUUCAUCUUGUUGUGUUUGACGAGUCGUAUAAAGCUCUCUGUUUGGAGUAUCCUGCAGCCAGAGAAGUUGGCAACAUCAUUCAAGACAUGGGGUUUUGGAAAAACGUGGAGGCCUCUCGUUCUCUUGUGAAAUUAGUAUUGUCGAUGGCUAAAGAGAUGGAGACAGAUAGGCCGUUGAUCAGCCAAUGCCUUCCCCUUUGGGACGAGCUGAGGGCCAAAACAAAACGGUGGUGCGCCAAACACGGCCUUACCGAGGGGCCCCUCGAGCGAAUAAUCGAGUCCCGGUUCCGAAAAAGCUACCACUCAGCCUGGUCGGCCUCAUUCGUUCUCGACCCGCUCAAUUUAGUAAAAGACGAGGCUAGUGGAAAAUAUCUGCCCCCUUUCAGUUCCCUGACGAGCCGGCAGGAAGAGGAUGUGGAGAAGCUUGUGAUCCGGUUGGUCCCUAAAGAGGAAGCCGAUGUGGCGUUAAUGGAGCUGAUGAAGUGGAGGUCAGAAGGUCUUGACCCGUUGUACGCUCAGGCGGUCCAACUCCGGCAACGUGAUGAUUUGACCGGAAAAAUGAAGAUUGCUAACCCUCAAAGUAGACGGCUCGUGUGGGAGACUUGCUUGAAGGAAUUCAAGGCACUGAGUAGAGUAGCCGUGAGGCUCCUUUUCCUCCACGCAACCUCAUUGGGGAUCAAGUGCGAUCGGGCCUUUACCGAAUGGUUUUGCGGGCUGGGGGCGGGCCUUGAGAGGGCCCAAAAGAUAGUUUAUGUGGCGGCCCAGGCAAGGCUCCAGAGGCCGGAUCUUUUGGAUGACGAAUGA